UUCACAGGAUCCCAGUGGCACCUGAGCUGUUCAUUCAACAUGAUGGCUGUUUGGUGCAUGUCUGGGGCUUUGCUCCUUGUUUUGCUGACUGGUUUGAGUUACAGUUACCCUAUGAAGCAAGUUGGUGCAAACCCUGCUUCUGCUGGCUCUAACUGGAUGUUGCCUUCUGGUGGGUUUGCCCCUUCUGGUUCUUGGGCUGCCUCUAAAACUGUCUCAAAUCCAGCUCAGUCCAGUUUUCAGAAUGCACCAGCACCUCCAGGAUAUGCUCAAGGCUCCUCGGCAGGCCCAGCUCCCCCUGCCUCUAAACAAGGGAUUUCCUGGGCUGUUGCGCCUCCCCCUCAACCACUUGGCCUUAACAUUGUGAGCCGGCCUGAUUCUUCUCUUCCACAGUACCAGGCAGGUGAACUGAUCCAGGAACAGAAAAGCUUUGAGCAUGGCAACUCUGAAUCUGAGACCGAAGAGCAAGGUUCCAUACCACCACCUCCUUUUGUCUACGCUGCACCACCUCCACAAGGCUUUAAUGGAGGACUUGUGCCAUCAGGCCUGGUCCCUUAUCCUUACCCAAAUCCUUACCCUUACUAUGACUACAUGUUCCUGACUGGCCAGUAUCCUCCAGGCACGUAUACUUACACCAGCAACAGCUUUGAGCAGGGGAGGGACAGCUGGGAGAAUGCUCGCUACACAAGGGACAACUAUCCCAGCACUCAGCAGGCCAAGAACAUCCCUUAUAAACAUCGGACCGUCAGGCAGGCGAGUAUUGGGAGCGCUAGUCAUGGUCAGAGUGGUGCAGCGACUGGACAACAGCAGCUCUACAGUGGAGUUGAUGUACAAGGUUCUUACUCGCAGCUGGGCCGACAACGGGGAGAGCCAAGAUCAUUCAUGUAAAAGGCUGGCUACCAGGUGAAUCUGUAAAGAGCUGUCAAUAAAAUCUUAACCUGUAUA